GUAAGACAGAGUUAGCGAGAGAGAGAAAAAGAGAGAGACUAACAGAGAGAGGGAGGGGGGAAAAACUCCACAGGACAGGAAAACCCGGAGACACAAGGCUCAGCACCUCAGAGCAGACGCAGCAAACCUAAUGGGAUACCGCGCAACUUUGAUAACACGUUAAUUACGCAUGUGAUGUGCUACAGAUGUCUGGGGGGCCUCAGCCAAAAGUUCGUCUGACGGUUCCAAGGGAGACAAACAUUUUAGGAACGGCCGGCGGUACAGAGGAAUCUUAUCUCACUAUCUGUUAAUCAGAGGGUGGAAUGUGUGCCAGAAUGGGCAGCAGGAUCCUGCCGGUGUUGCUGGCGCUGUUGUACAUGGCGAACGGCGGAACGUGUCAGAUAAACGCCACGAGCGACGGCCUGGAGAAGGAGCCUCCCGUCUCCAUCCAGCGGCCCCGUUUCCACAGCACCCGCUCGCCGGGCCUCGACCCCCUCCCCACGCGGCCCCAGUGGCCCGCGCCCCCGGCCAAUGGCUCGGCGCGAACGAGGGUUCUCGCGCCUCCCCAGUGCAAGCACUCCACCUCCAUCAAGUGGGUCUUCAAGCACAUCAACACAGUGCUCUCCUGCGCCAUUUUCGUGGUGGGCAUGGUGGGCAACGCCACCCUCCUGAGGAUUAUCUACCAGAACAAGUGCAUGAGGAACGGCCCCAACGCCCUGAUCGCCAGCCUGGCCCUCGGGGACCUCAUCUACAUCACCAUCGCCAUCCCCAUCCACGUGUAUAAGCUGCUCGCGGGGAGGUGGCUCUUUGAAGACCACCCUUUCGGACUCUUCCUCUGUAAGCUGGUCCCUUUCCUUCAGAAGGCCUCCGUGGGCAUCACCGUCCUCAACCUGUGCGCCCUCAGCGUGGACAGGUACAGAGCCGUAGCCUCAUGGAGCAGGGUCCAGGGAGUUGGCAUUCCUCUCCUGACAGCCGUCGAGAUCAUCUCCAUUUGGGUCUUGUCCUUCAUCCUGGCGGUGCCUGAGGCCAUUGGGUUUGACAUCGUCGUCUUCGAAUACAAAAACAUCACAAUACGAACCUGCAUGCUGAAACCACAGACUCCGUUCAUAGAGUUUUAUAAGAAUGCUAAGGACUGGUGGCUCUUUGGGUUCUACUUCUGCUUGCCUCUGGCCUGCACUGCCAUCUUCUACACCCUCAUGACCUGCGAGAUGCUUAACCGCCGGAACGGGAGCCUCAGGAUUGCUCUGAGCGAGCAUCUCAAACAGAGGCGUGAGGUGGCCAAAGCGGUCUUCUGCUUGGUGCUCAUAUUUGCUCUCUGCUGGUUCCCUUUACAUCUAAGCAGGUUAUUAAAGAAACUACUGUAUACACAGAAUGACACCGGGAGAUGUGACCUUCUCAACUUCCUGUUGGUGCUCGACUACUUGAGCAUAAAUCUGGCCACCAUCAAUUCCUGUAUAAAUCCCAUCAUCCUUUAUUUUGUCAGCAAGAAAUUUAAAAACUGCUUCAAGUCCUGUCUGUGCUGCUGGUGUCACUCAGGGACGCUGAUAAGCAGCAUGGUGCCGCUGAACGGGACAAGCACACAGUACAAGACCCAGGAGGCCAACAACCACAACCACGACCGCAGCCUGAGGAAGGACAGCGACAACUGAGCGCCUCCUCUGGACGCUCCCUGAUUGAGCUGUGCGAGGUCGAGGAGUAAAAGCUUCACCACGACCGCCUGCACCCGCAGACGCAGAGAUACGGACUGGAUUUGGCAGCAGUGCUGAGCCCCAGAACCUCAGGGGUUACACCGUUCACUUACACAGAGGACUACAGCAGUGCUGAGUGUGUUAUUUUUGUAAAAAAUAAGCAUAUAUAAAGACAAAAAGUGUUACAUAAAAUAUUUCAUGUAAGGAAUGGUGAGACAUUUUGCCGUCAGGACUCAGACAGAGGAAGGAGACUGGAGCGGGACGCUGCUGAAAGCAAAGCUAUAAACCGCUCACCUCAGUAGCGUAGUUUGUUUUUGACUCCAUACUAAGUGUGCCGAUGUCAGCAACGCAGCUGCCAGCAGCAGGAAGGAAGACUGAAGCGGGGGCCAUGUCUGGGCUGAUGUCAAGCACCACGGCGUUCACUGCAGGAUGCCACGCUGCCCUCUGUAUGGACUGACUGCAGGGGGCGCUGCCGAGAGACUUUUCAAAUCUCACGUCGGCACAGAUGACAUUCACAGACGUUUCUCUGAUUGUGAACUGCAUACAUGCGUUCAUGUCCUAUUAAGGGGGGCUGUCUGUGUCAGUGUUUAGCAACCAGCAUGUUAUGAAGAUUGGAAGAUGGAAGAAGCCAGCAGAUUUUCCACAUUAUUUACAAAUUUACAUUAGAGCAUUGUGUGCUGUAUUUAUAAAAGGUGUUUAUUUGAGCAAUACAAAAUAUUUACUACUCUAAUUUUCUAUUAUCUGUUACUAUAUUUUAGCCCAGCUGGUGUUACAUAUGGGAAGGGCAAGCAAAUCAAGAUGUGCCCAGUUUAAAAUCAGUGACAAGGCUAAUGCUAAUAUCUAACAGAUAAUUCUGGACAAUGAUAACGCUAAUGUUUCACAGAUAAUUCUGGACAAUGUUAAAGCUAAUGUUACACGGUUAAUUCUGGACAAUGCUAAAGCUAAAGUUUCACAGAUAAUUCUGAACAAUGCUAAAGCUAACAUUACACAGAUAAUUCUGCACAAUGCUAAAGCUAAAGUUUCACAGAUAAUUCUGGACAAUGUUAAAGCUAAUGUUACACAGAUGACUCUGUACAUUGCUAAUGUGAGUGUUUCACAGAUAGCUCUGGACAAUUCCAAUCCUUAUUUUUUUCAGUAACUCUGACUGUAUCUGUGAGACUACGUGUAUGAAUGAUUCCACUAACAGAGCCCUCAGUACACAGGGUCAAAUAGGGUUAAUGAUGUCAUCCAGCACUUCUGCCUUCUUUAUGGGGCCACAAAGCAGAGGUGCCCAUUAGUGGCUACAAUAGGAAGCUGAAGGUCACUGUGUCAGCCAUGAAACAGCACUAUCUUGUCUCUAUUCAUGUGUGACAAGGCUGUUAACCGCCUCAUAAAGCAAAGAGGAGCAACGGCAGAGGAGGUGGUUGAAGUUUACAUCCCGCAGGGGCUCAGGAGAAUGUGUGUUGAGUUUGCCUUACUGUUGAAACACUUGUGAUAGACCUGACAGGCUCAUGAAUGAAGACAUAAAAGCCUUAAGGAGGAGAGAGGUCAAUAUUUACUCCACUUCUGAAAAAGGGCUGUAAAACAGUAAGAAAAUUAUACCCCAGACAAGCAGUGAUUUUACUGUACCAAGGGGUUAAACUGUGUUUAUUGGGGUUUAUCAUGUUUAUAUUUUUGGUGUUGUCAUCAUUUAAAAUCCUAUAUUUUGUAAUAUGUGAUAUGGCAGUAUAACAUAUGUGUUUUGUCUAUUAGCCAGUGCCUGAGUUAGGAAUGAAUAUAUGAUGAAUUAUGUUCAAUAAUGUUAUUAGCGCAUGAGAGGGAAUAAUAUCAACAACAUGUAUUUUUAUUCAUAUCAUACUUUAUACUUGUCUAUGUAUUUAGGUGUG